GUUUGGGAUCCGGAGCGGGCGCAGUGGCCCCGGGGCGGGGUGCGGGGGGUCCGGGGAGGAGGACGGCGGCCCCGGUAGAAUGGGGAAGGAGCAGGAGUUGCUGGAGGCGGCCCGCACCGGGCACCUCCCGGCGGUGGAGAAGCUGCUGUCCGGGAAGCGGCUCUCUUCGGGCUUCGGCGGCGGCGGCUCCGGCGGCGGCUCCGGAGGCGGCGGCGGCCUGGGCUCCUCCAGUCACCCCCUCUCCAGUCUCCUCAGCAUCUGGAGAGGACCCAAUGUGAAUUGUGUCGAUAGCACCGGUUAUACCCCUCUGCACCAUGCAGCUCUGAAUGGCCACAAGGACGUGGUGGAGGUUCUUCUAAGGAAUGAUGCAUUGACCAAUGUGGCUGACUGUAAAGGCUGUUACCCUCUUCACCUGGCAGCCUGGAAGGGGGAUGCUCAGAUAGUUCGAUUACUCAUCCACCAAGGACCCUCCCACACCAAAGUCAAUGAACAGAACAAUGACAAUGAGACGGCCCUUCACUGUGCAGCUCAAUAUGGCCAUAGGGUGGUGAAGGUCCUCUUGGAGGAACUAACUGAUCCCACCAUGCGCAAUAACAAGUUUGAGACACCACUGGACCUGGCUGCACUCUAUGGGAGGCUGGAGGUGGUGAAGAUGCUGCUCAAUGCUCACCCCAACCUCUUAAGCUGCAACACUAAGAAACAUACUCCUCUGCACUUGGCUGCACGAAAUGGUCACAAAGCUGUGGUCCGUGUCCUUCUGGAUGCUGGGAUGGAUAGCAACUACCAGACGGAGAAGGGCAGUGCUUUGCAUGAGGCUGCUUUGUUUGGCAAGACAGAUGUGGUUCAAAUCCUGCUGGCUGCAGGAAUUGAUGUGAACAUAAAAGAUAACCGGGGGCUAACUGCACUAGACACUGUUCGAGAGCUUCCUUCCCAGAAGAGUCAGCAGAUAGCAGCAUUUAUUGAAGAACACAUGACUGGGAAAAGAAGUACAAAAGGAGACAAAUCUAUCAGAACCCAGUCACCGUUUGUCCCUAAUGUGGACUCAACAUCCCUGAAGUCUCAAGGUGAUGUGGAGAAAGCAGUAAAUGAGCUGAUCAUUGAUUUUGACAUGAACUCACAAGAGGAAGGUCCCUAUGAAGCUCUGUAUAAUGCCAUUUCCUGCCACUCACUAGAUAGCAUCACCAGUGGAAAGUCUUCUGACAGAGAAUCUGUGACCAAGGAGGCAGAAGCAGCCAUUGUGAAAGCAUCUGGAGUGAGGCCUAGAGAACGUCCACCCCCUCCAGCAAAACCACCACCAGAGGAAGAGGAAGACACUGAAAUGGAGCUUUGUCCUCAUACAUCCUCUGAGGUCCCCGUCAUGAGAAGUAGGAGCCAGGGGAGUGCACCCAAGGAGGAAGAUGAGCAUCCUUAUGAGCUAUUGCUAACAGCAGAAACAAAGAAGCUAGUACCAUUGGAGGGAAAAACAAAAGAUCACGGAAGGAGCAGGGGCAGCCGGAGCCAGGACUCUGCAGAGGGACUAGACGGGCAGGUCCCAGAGCAGUUCUCAGGUCUUCUACACGGCUCUUCUCCAGUGUGUGAAAUCAGUGAGGACCCUUUCCAGCUUCUUUCCACCGUCAGCCAGGGUGGCUCCGAAGGGUCAUCCAGGCAGGGCACAAGUCAAGAAGCUGCUAUGCAGCUGGAGGAUGCUGCUUUGCACACUCCUGGAUCCACCCAGCCCAGCCUUCCUGACCAAAAUAAGAAACUGGGUUAUUCAGCUGGCCUGCCUACCAACCACAGCCAAUCGGACCCUGAAACUUUGGUGCACGAAAUAUCUCAGCACCCUCGUGGUGCCGAGGAAGCAGGAGACUGGAGUGGGACCAGGAGCUGGGCCCCUCCCACUAGCAGACCAAAAGCUGAACUUAAACUGAGCCGCAGUUUGUCCAAGUCAGACUCUGAUCUCCUGACCUGCUCACCAACAGAAGAUACCACAAUGGGGAGUAGGAGCGAGUCCUUAUCCAAUUGCAGCAUUGGGAAGAAGCGGCUAGAAAAGUCUCCAUCCUUUGCCUCAGAGUGGGAUGAGAUUGAAAAGAUCAUGAGUUCAAUCGGGGAAGGCAUAGACUUUUCUCAAGAACAGCAGAAGAUCUCAGGUUCACGGAUGUUGGAGCAGAGUGUCGGGGAGUGGCUGGAAUCAGUUGGUUUGCAGCAAUACGAAAGCAAGUUGCUUCUGAAUGGCUUUGAUGAUGUGCGCUUCCUGGGGAGUAACGUAAUGGAAGACCAGGACCUCCGGGACAUUGGGAUCAGUGAACCCCAGCACCGGCGGAAGCUUCUCCAGGCUGCAAGAUCUUUGCCCAAGGUAAAACCUCUGGGCUGUGAUGGGAAUGCCCAGCCAUCUGUCCCAUCCUGGCUUGACUCUCUGGGUCUGCAGGAUUAUAUCCAGUCUUUUCUGUCAAGUGGCUAUAGUUCUAUUGACACUGUGAAAAACCUCUGGGAACUGGAGCUCGUUAAUGUGCUAAAGGUUCACCUGCUUGGCCACCGGAAGCGGAUCAUCGCCUCUCUUGCAGAUCGACCCUAUGAGGAGCCCCCCCAGAAGCCCCCUCGCUUUUCCCAGCUGCGAUGCCAAGAUCUGCUUUCCCAAACAUCCUCUCCCCUGAGCCAAAAUGAUUCUUGUACUGGGAGGUCAUCAGACCUGCUGCUGCCCUUGGGGGACACAGGCAAAAGGCGAUAUGACAGCUGUCACGACCCAGCUGCCCACGGCAGAGCCGAGCGCUUUAAGACACAGGAGGAUCCCCGGGAGGCCAAACUGACCCUUCGGCCCCCCAGCCUGGCUGCUCCUUAUGCCCCUGUGCAGAGCUGGCAGCACCAACCGGAGAAGCUCAUCUUUGAAUCUUGUGGUUAUGAAGCCAAUUAUUUGGGCUCUAUGCUGAUUAAAGAUCUUCGUGGGACAGAGUCUACACAGGAUGCCUGUGCCAAGAUGCGGAAAUCAACUGAGCAGAUGAAGAAGAUCCCAACCAUAAUUCUUUCCAUCACCUACAAAGGGGUUAAAUUCAUUGAUGCUUCCAACAAGAACAUCAUUGCAGAACAUGAGAUUCGGAACAUCUCCUGCGCAGCCCAGGACCCCGAGGACCUCUGCACCUUUGCCUACAUCACCAAGGACCUGCAGACUAGCCGCCACUACUGCCACGUGUUCAGCACUGUAGAUGUGAACCUGACCUAUGAGAUCAUCCUGACCCUGGGACAGGCCUUCGAGGUGGCCUAUCAGCUGGCCCUGCAGGCUCAGAAAGCCAAGCCAGGUGGGGCAUCAGCAGCUGAGAUGAUAGAAACAAAAGCUUCCAAACCGGUGCCUAAGCCUCGAGUUGGCAUGAGGAAAUCUGCAUUGGAAUCGUCUGACAUGGACCAAGAUACCCAGUCUCAUGGCAGCGUCUCCUGGGUAGUGGACCCAAAACCGGAUUCCAAAAGGAGCCUCAGCACUAAGUAUGAGACCACUAUCUUCUAAAACCAACCCAGCCCCUGCCUCCACUAGUCUCACUGUGCCUUUACCAUCUGAUCUGUCUGCUGUUUUCAGCUCUCUCCUUCCAGCUGCUGAUGGUGAGCCCCCCACCCUCCCAGGGGCCUGCUCUCCUCCCUGGCAGCAGCACUGAGACGCUGUACGCUAACAACUCUUGUACCUUAUACCACCAAACACUGUGAAUUCUCCUCUCUUUGGCCGGGGACGGUGCAGUGGAGGGGGGGAGGUGCCUUCGAGGUGGGCACCAAGAGGGCUGAAGGGGGCCUCUGAAUGGAUGGGCACUACAGAUCCCUGGGGGAUUGGCCUUAAAGCCAACUCAGUGAUGGUAAUGUCACCCUGGGCUCAGGCGCAGGACACGUGAUCUGCUCUGGCCCAUCCUUCCAUCUGAGCCAUGGCUGGGGACUAUUGCCAAGAACUAACUAACUCACCUUUCUCAACACUAACCACUGUGACCACCCGGUGUGCCAGGAAACCUACUCCCCAUUCUAAACUCAAGUCCUGCCUGCCAGCUCUACCCCAUCACCUCUCUGAUGUACGGUGCUGGACUCUUUGUCAGCUGACAGCCUACCCAUGGCUUCCAUGGUUCGGUAUUGAGAGGACUGAGCCACUGCAGAUGGCCAGAGGCAGGAGAUGGAAAGGCAUUAAUACUGUUUGGUGGUUUGGACUGGUCAGAAUUGCAUUCUCUGUGUGUCCAGGCUGCAUGCCAAUUCUUCACAUCUGUAGCUGACUCUCAGGAGGAGCUUUUGAAGGGUUGACCUCAGGGGUGACCGGAGUGUUAGGGAUUUGAUAGUUAUCAUUUAGAAGGUCUUGUGGCUUACUCCAGCAAACAGGUUCCUUGCCUCAUAUAGUUUAUAACAAAUAGAAUGGAGGCUCUAUCUGUGUGGUCCAUCAUCCCUGUCAGUCCCAUAUUUAUUAGAGUCCCAGAAGGUUGGGCAGCACCAGCCUCGGGUUCCAAAGUCCAGGUCACUGAAUGGAAGGCUCCCUUCUUGCAGGAGUGAGGAGUGAGGCCUGUCCUCUUCCCAUAUGGUGCAUAGUCAUACUGUCUGAGAAAGGGGCUGCCAUAAGCUAGGGGCUGGUACCCGAGCUUUCUAUGGUAACUGCUAUCAUUUCCCAAGGCAUUCUGAAGUCUGCUUCCUUCUCCAUAAUGUGAGAAUUCAAAGAUUAAGCAUCGGCCUGCUUUGACCUCCUUCUUCCAAGGCCUGUAGUGUGGUAGAUGAUAGAAGGCUGGACACUGUCAUUUCCUAUGAGUUCAAGAACCUUCAAAACCUUUAAGAACUGAGAUGAGAAAGGAGAUGGGGCUGUAGACAAGCAGAAUCCACUCUGGUGUGGGGAAGUUAGCUUAGUUGACAGCAUAUGGGAAGGAAGCAAUUUCAUUAGGAAAUGGUUCAAAUGUAAUACGGUCCAGUGGGAUACAGCAGUUUUAGGGAGUUUUACUGUAAGUUAAUAUCACCAGGGUAGGCCUCCCUGCCUGCCUGGUUCUUGUGCCUUUUAAGAGCAGAUUCCCUGUACCUGAGCUCUGCUGGGCUUUCCCUCUUAUCAGGCAGCCCAGGGAGCCCUGGGGAUUCUGUGAGGCACCUUCCCCUUCGACUUCAGUCCUCCUCUCUGUGCAAUUUGCCUUUGGUUAACCCUUUCCCCUCCCCAUUCUGUUUGCUUCUGCCAAGCUGAGCCACUGGGAAACCACACUGCUGCGGAAAAAUAGUCCUGGGGGCACAGACUGCUGCCACCACUGCCUCACCUGCCAUCCUGAAGAUCCAGGCUCAGCCUCUGCUUUCGGGAUCGCCUUCCUGCUGUUCAGCACAGGCUUUCCACAACCAGGCCUCGAAAAUAGAUCCUCCCCCCAUCCCUCCCUGCCCCUGGCUGGAGAGCAGCAACUCGGGGUCUCUCUCUGGCAGAUGAGAUUGGGAUUCCACGGGGCCAAGAAGUGACUCUGGGUUUUUUAGCUUGUCCAGAAACACUUUUUUUUUUAAUAGAAAAAAAUGACUGCCAAUAGCUUGGGCCCAUAGGGAAGAUUGCCAGUCUUCAUCCAGAAAGUCAUGGGGAUGAAGAUCUUUGAGAAACUAGAACUGGCCAAAAGGACAAUCAAUCCAUCUAGGCCUUCCUUCCUCAGAAUGAGACCUUGGACUAGCAUAGCAGGUUUGAAAGGAAAGCAGUUGCUUAUGGGAGACAGGUGAGUAUAAGAGAACAGAAUCAACAGGCUGAUCUGAAAAUAGCUUGGAUUCUGAUGUUCAGACCCAGCUGAGUUCCUGUGUUUUGUUAAAGUGCACAAACUCCCCUUAGAACAAAACCAUUUGAAGACAAACAAAAACAAAAACAAAAACAAAAAACCAACCCUGGAGACACCUGAAAAGCAGGAGCUCUGGAGCCAUUGCUAGGAUUUUAGAUGUGAAGAGAUGAUGGUUGUUUCCAUACGUUGCUGCCUCUGGUGGAUUCCUAGAGCUUUGGUCCCCUCAGUGCCCCCCAACUCCACCUCGUUAGUGACCACGGGUUUUGGUCUUCUUGUUCCCACCAGCUCUCCCGUAGCUCCAUAUUUUCUAAGUUCCACAGGAAAAACAGAAAAAAAAAAGCUUCAUUUGGGGCAUGAAGUAACAGAGAGACCAACUGAGGCUGAUGCCCAGUGACUGGAGGUCUGUCUAAACAGGUCUCUGCAGUUCGGUCUCAUUGUUGACUCUGAGUUGUGACUAUGCCUGUUUUGUUCCCUUGCUCACCCCUGGUCGCCGACUUGAUUUUUAUCAUUCAGACAGUGCCCUUUAUCCUGCACCAGGUUGGCUUACUAGAGCACUGCUGUUUCUUACAACUCCCUAGUUUGCUUCUCCCUUUAACUUCAGUUUUGUUUCUGGAUUUAAAACAGGGACUUCUUCCAUUUGAGAUGGAAAGGCCGAGCCCUUGUGGGAUAGGGAGCAAAGAGGACCAUGCCUUCCCAUGUGUGCUUUAGCAAACCUAGUAUUCUUACGGUGCGGUUUAUUCCUGUCCAAGUGCAAAUAUUCUAGGCUUUGGCAACACUGCUCUUUCCCAGUGAAAGGUGUCAGUUGGAAUUACAUAUUUAUAUGUAUGCAGGGAGGGUCCUUUUAGAAAUGCACAAACUCUCUGGUUGGCCAGAAGUUGCAGGCAGUGGUUUCGUACCUUGGGCUGAUUUGAGGCUUGGCUUUGUGGGCUUCCUCUCUGUUUAUCCAUCAUAGACUACUGUGGUUCUUCACCCAACCCUGGGAGCAGUUAAUCCUGGUCAUUCUGGCCCCAGCAGAGCUACUCUGGGAAGAGGGGGUUAGCUCUAGCUUCUCUGUCCUAAUAAGGACCAUGAUUCUCCUGGGCCUGCGAAGGACUCCUAGCCCUUGUGCAGUAUUCAGCCUCUGUUUUCCAAAAAAGUUUCCCAAGAAAAAUUAAGUUUUCUUCAGUAAAAUUGUGCUGUUCCUGCCACGCUACUGGGUCUUUAUGUGUGGGGCCCAGUAGCAGCAUUUCUCCAUCUUCCAGAGCUCCACUUUCUUCCUUUUUUUUCAAGGAAGGUUGUUUCCUUUCCAAGUAGGUAUCUGUGGGUAAGAUGGUAGGUCCAAAAAGAAAAUUCUUUGUAGACACUAAGAUGAAUUUCUCAGAUUUUUAAAAAUCACACUUAGGUGUUUUUGUUUUUCUUAAAGCUGCUAUGUCCUCUUUAUUUAUUCAGGGUGUUUUCAGAUUGGGAAGUUGGCUGGUCAGCUCUGGUUCUCAGUUAUGUUUUUAGAUUGGUAUAUUUUUGGAUAUUGGAGAAAGGAAAGUGACUGGAUUUUUUUUUAAAUGGGGAUCAGGUACUCUCCCUUCCCUAGAAAGGGAUAUUACAACUUUAAGAACAGGCUUUGAGUGGGAAAGCCACGGCUAUCAUACUGUUCUCAGUGCAGUCCAUGUAGCAUGGUUGAACACAUCCACUGUGUUUUUUGAACUGUGAAGGAGCCCAUUUAGGUGUGAAACUGCAGCUUUCUUGGAAUGGGUUCAGUUACAUUAAGCUGUCAUCAGUUCCCAGCUCUCUGCUUGAAUUUCCCCAUGUGCUUGCUAACUGUUCUUAGGCAAUAGGAUUCUUCUUCCUAACAAGGCUCUACAUUCGCAACUCUCCAGGCCCCUAGUGGGCCCUCUAGUACUAAAGAUCAGGGGUAGUUUCUCAGAGACAGGUUGGAACAGUAAAGCAAGCACAUCUGUGGUUUGUGAAAGUUAAUCUGAGUUUAGUCGGGCUUGAAGGCUCAUCUAAUACUGCCCAGACUGGCAGAAUGACUGUCAAAUUCAGUUUGCAAAAGGGUGAUUUUGCUAAUUGUGGUGUGUGGCAAUGGGACUGAUUUGUAAUAAAAAUGUUAUUUAAUCUUUGUCUCUGUAUUUUGAUACUUGAAUGGUUUCCCUUUUUAUUUUCCUGUAUAUAUAAUUGUUAAUCUGUCCAAUUUUGUCAGAAUUAUAAACACCUUGUGGUACCAAACAUAACCAAUCUGUGCAACAAAAUAGACUGACCUCACUACACAGAGAGAUUGUAAAUAUUCCUGGGCUUCCAGCAUUGGUUUUGUUAUUUUCAUAACUGUGCAACUUAGAACAGACUGAAUAAAUGAGAAGUGACUUAGAA